UGCGCACUUCAUUGAAAGCAGACCCUCAUACGGAUUUUUAGCAGACCGCGUUUGACCAGUGCAGCCAUGGAGUACCAGGCACAGGUGAUAAGUACACAACCCGAGAUGACCAUCACCAACUUCACUGUGACCAGUCAAUCCUCGGACUGGAGCUCCAACUUGUGUGACUGCUGUGAAGACUGUGGCAUUUGUUUGUGUGGGACCUUCUUACCCUGCAUCUUGGCCUGUCAGGUGGCCCAGGACCAUGGAGAGACUUGCUGCCUGUCAUUCCUUCCUGGAGCUUACAUAGCUCUGAGGACCAGUAUCAGAGACAGGUACAACAUCUCGGGUUCUGUCUGUGAUGACUGGGUGGUCAUGUCAUGUCUGCCACUUUGUGGACUCUGUCAGAUGGCCAGAGAGCAAAAGAUGAGAGGCUGA